CAGAUAACCUUGACCUAGGUUCUCUACUCCCACACAACCUUACCUCCACUGGGGUGACCGCAACAAGUUAAUUCUCAUGCUCCUAUCCUCCUAGGGCCUCUGAGGUUCUCUGCUGGGUCUGUGCCCUGGAACUGGAGACCCACCAUGAAGGCCUGGGGUGCCCUCUGGAUCGUGCUUGGAUUGCUGCUGUGGUCAGAGCCAGGGGCAGCCUCCUCCUUGCCUCUGCUCAUGGACUCCAUCAUCCAGGCCCUUGCUGAACUUGAGCAAAAGGUACCAGUGACUGAGGCCAGCAUCACUGCCUCUGCAUGGAUUCUGUCAGCCAAGAACUCCAGCACCCACAAUUCCCUUCACCAGCGCUUGCUGCUGAGAGCACCAAGCCACAACACUACAGAGCCAGAUCCUCACUCUCUCAGCCCGGAGCUUCAAGCACUGAUUUCUGAGGUGGCUCAACAUGAUGUACAGAAUGGGCGGGAAUAUGGAGUGGUGCUGGCACCUGAUGGCUCCACUGUAGCUGUGAAGCCUCUGCUGUUUGGGCUAGAGGCCGGUCUACAGGCACACAGCCUUGCUAACUUGCCUUCAGAUUGUCUGGCUACCCCCUGUGAUGCUGGAGACACCUUGGCCAAUAUUGGAGUCACCUGGCCAGUACUCAAGGAUGCUUUUCCAAAUGCCUCUUCUCCAGAUGUUGGAGCCACUUUACCAAAUGACAAAGCCAAGACUCCCACCACUGUGGACAGACUCCUGGCAAUCACCUUGGCUGGUGACUUAGGUCUGACCUUCCUCCACAGGACCCAGACUUGGAGUCCUCCAGGCCUGGGAACUGAGGGCUGCUGGGACCAGCUUACUGCCCCCAGGGUCUUCACACUGUUGGACCCCCAGGCAUCCAGGCUCACCAUGGCUUUCCUCAAUGGUGCCUUAGAUGGAGCUCUCCUUGGGAACCACUUGAGCCAAAUCCCUAGGCCCCACCCACCCCUCAGCCACCUGCUAAGAGAGUACUAUGGAGCUGGGGUGAAUGGAGACCCGGUGUUCCGAAGUAACUUCCGAAGGCAGAACGGUGCUGCUUUGACUUCAGCCCCUACCCUGGCCCAGCAGGUAUGGGAGGCCCUUGUCCUGUUACAGAAACUGGAGCCAGAACAUCUACAGUUGCAGAACAUUAGCCAAGAGCAGCUGGCUCAGGUAGCCACCUUGGCUACCAAGGAGUUCACUGAGGCUUUCCUGGGAUGCCCAGCCAUUCACCCCCGCUGCCGUUGGGGAGCUGCUCCCUACCGAGGCCACCCAACGCCACUCCGGCUGCCACUUGGAUUCUUAUAUGUGCAUCACACAUACGUGCCAGCGCCACCCUGCACCACCUUCCAGAGCUGCGCCGCCAAUAUGCGCUCCAUGCAGCGUUUCCACCAGGAUGUGCGCAGCUGGGAUGACAUCGGCUACAGUUUCGUGGUAGGCUCCGACGGCUAUGUGUACCAGGGCCGUGGCUGGCACUGGGUAGGUGCGCACACACGCGGCUACAACUCCCGCGGCUUCGGUGUGGCCUUUGUGGGCAACUACACUGGGUCACUGCCCAACGAAGCUGCGCUGAACACAGUGCGCGACGCGCUCCCGAGCUGCGCAAUUCGCGCAGGUCUCUUGCGGCCAGACUACAAGCUGCUUGGCCACCGCCAGCUAGUGGUCACCCACUGCCCCGGGAACGCGCUCUUCAACUUGCUGCGCACCUGGCCUCACUUCACAGAGGUUGAAAACUAAGAACUCCUUUGAGAGACCCUUGAAGAUCCAGGAGGCCUUAUCCCUAUGAUCCUUUGAGCAACCACAGACCUCUAAUAAAGGGACCACUGAAAGGAAA